AUAUUUGACCAUGUGACUGCUAACAAUUCCCGCGCUGCCGAAGGCAGAGGAAGUGCACGUGCGAAUAGCGUGACUUCCAGUUUGAAAUAUUUAACAUUUUGAUUUUGUCACCUUAAAAUUAGCAUUAAUGUUAUACAUAUCAGCUAAACUUAAAUCUUACUUAAUCCAGCAGUCGAUCUAAACACGUCUGGGAGAGCGCGUGGAGCAAUGCGCGUGUCAUAAUCACUGAGCCGCGGUUUUUUAAACUGAGUGGCAGUUCUGUAAUAUUGGCUUAUUUAAUCAUCGAAAUAUGAUUAAACUGAGCCGACCAUGGGCAGAAACCGCCCCGUCUGGACCCGCUCACAGUCUGCAGAUCCGGCGCGGCCCGCGGAGAACGAGGCCGAACCCAGCGGGUCGGAACCAGCCGGACUCAUCUCAGCAGCCUCGCAGGAAGACGUCCGGACCGACCCUGCUGAUCCAGAGGCAGGAGAUGGCCGCCUUCUUCAGACUGUUCGAUGAUGAUCUAAUACAAGACUUUCUGUGGAUGGACUGCUGCUGUAAACUUACAGACAAGUAUUUGUUGGCUAUGACAUUUGUGUACUUCAGGAGGGCUCGCUUCAGUCUCACUGAACACAGCAGAAUGAACUUCUUCCUUGCCCUCUAUCUGGCAAACACUAUGGAAGAAGAUGAAGAGGAAACCAAAUAUGAGAUCUUCCCCUGGGCUCUGGGAAAAAGCUGGAGGAAACAUUUCCCACGAUUCCUAAAGCAAAGAGACCAGUUGUGGGCACGCAUAGAGUACAGAGCGGCCGUCAGCAGACGAUGCUGUGAGGAGGUAAUGGCUAUUGUGCCAUCUCACUUCAUCUGGCAGCGCGAGCGUGCAGAGCAUCACAGCGGAGCUCAGAGACUGUACCAAAACCGUGAGGAGAUCCUUAUUCCCCGCGGGCCCUCUGCUUCUCCAGAGCCUUGUUUUCUCUGUGCAAAGACCUCUGCCCGUCCUGUGCCUCGUCCAUCCUCUAUUGGAGCCCGCUUUUCAAAUGUGCCACUGGAGGCCAUUGCACACAAGUCCCAAGCUUUACACGGGCCUAGUAAGAUCACCAAAGCUCAGCACACCUGUAAUUGUAUGACUAAAUCAGGAAAUGAUGCAUGUCAAGAUCAUUCAAUGGACUGGAUCAGUGAGGAGUAGCUUGGUUGCAACAUCAAGCAGAUCAUAACUGCCCAUUGACCAUAUCAGAGACACUUCAUCUGAGGGCCACAACAGAAUUUCAGUCUCUAAACUGACCUUGUGCAGCUUUGGUGUGAAUAGGAUAAUAGUCAUGUACAUUGUUCAUAAAAGAUGUAAAGAAUGUCUCAGAAAAUACUAUGUGAACGUUUGUACAUGUAUUUUACUGUAUAAUAAUCCUCAUCACUAUUUAUUUCUUAUUGUUGUGCAAAGUACUUUGCUCUUCAGUGUGCACUUUGUUACUCUCUUAUGUCUUAGACAUAAGUGUGAAUGAAAUGUUUAAGUGUUAAAUAUGGUAGGAUUAAUAAGUCUGUCUCUUAAAGAAGUUAACAUUUGGCUAAUAUAAAUACGAAUAAACACAUGAAAUUUAGUCCAUG